AUGGUUGCCUCAAACCGCAGUGCUCUGAGCCAUACAGUCUUCCACUUAUUGGGCGUUCCUGGCCUGGAGGAACAGCACAGGUGGAUUUCCAUCCCCUUCUUCAUUUCCUAUGUCAUCGCUCUGCUCGGGAACAGCCUGCUCAUCUGUAUUAUCCUCACAAAGCGUAGCCUCCAUGAGCCCAUGUACCUUUUCCUCUGCAUGUUGUCUGGAACGGAUAUUGUCCUCUCCACGUGCAUUGUACCUCAGGCCUUGGCUAUCUUCUGGUUCCAUGCUGGGGCCAUCUCCCUGGAUUGUUGCAUCAGCCAGGUAUUCUUUCUGUCUUCUACUUUUGUCUAUGAGUCAGGGAUCUUGCUAGUGAUGGCUUUUGACCGCUACAUUGCCAUCUGCUACCCGCUGAGAUACACCACUCUUCUCACACACUCACUGAUUGGGAAAAUUGGCCUGAUUCUCUUUCUGAGAAGUUAUGGUACAGUUUUCCCCAUAAUAUUUCUUCUGAAAAGACUAACAUUCUGCAAAAGCAACAUACUCCCAAACACCGCUUGUAAACACAUUGUCUUGGCCCGUAUUUCCUGUGAUGACAUCCGAAUAAACAUCUGGUAUGGGCUUUUUGUCCUCAUGUCAACCUUGGUGGUAGAUGUUGUGUUAAUUUUUAUUUCUUACGUGUUGAUUCUCUGUGCUGUGUUCCGCAUCCCUUCCCGAGAGGCGCGCCACAAAGCUCUCAAUACAUGUGGCUCCCACGUCUGCGUCAUCAUCCUCUUCUAUGCACCCGCCAUCUUCUCAGUCCUCACUCAGCGGUUUGGACAGCACAUCUCACCUCAUGUCAAAGUUCUGCUAGCCAAUGUCUAUAUUCUGGUUCCGCCUAUGCUGAAUCCUGUUAUUUAUGGGAUCAAGACCAAACAGAUCAGGGAUAAAGUGAUUCAGGUAUUCUUUACAAAACAGGCCUGA